AUGUCUAAACGUGGAAAAAUCGCAGCUAAAGUUAUCGAAAACAUGAUGUUCCAUCAUCAAAACAGUAACAAAGCUUCACAAGUUUCCUCCUACAAAGUCCCUAGACAUUACGAAUUCAGUUGUGGUAACAGCCCAGCUGUCUACAUGAGCAGCAACAACAACAGUAAACAAAAGGACCGUGGCAGUAAAUUUUCUCUUUCGGAAGAAGAUAUGACCACGGUUAAUGCUGUGCAACAACUAUUAGAAAUGUUAAAUAACGAAGUAAUGACGGAAAAUGGCGGCUCAACGAUACUUUCGCCUCAUUUGCCUGGAUUCGGGUUUGGACGUACUCCAACGGUGAGACAGUUGCGAAUUACGGAUUCUCCAUUUCCCUUGAAAGAUCAUGUUGCUGAUGAAGAGGAGUGUCAAGUGGAUGAAGAUGCGGAAGAACUUAUCGAAAAUUUUUAUGCUCAGUUAAGGUUGCAAAAAAGUAAAUGUGCCCGAGAAGAUUCAUCAAGGUGA